AUGAAAAUAAGAACAAUUUCGAUCUUCUGGAUUGCAUUCAUUCUGUGUGCAGCCACUCAGAGUCAAAACCAAGUUGUUCACGCACAAACCCUCCUUGAUAUUGGUGUUUGCUAUGGAAUGAUAGGAGAUAACCUACCCCCUCCUACUGAAGUAAUUCAACUCUACAAACAGUAUGGUAUUAGCAAAUUGAGACUCUUUGAUCCCAAUCCCGCAGCACUUGAAGCACUAAGAGGGAGCCAAAUUGUUGUAACAUUGGGCAUACGAAAUGAAGAUUUACCUGGCUUGGCAGCUAGCCAAGCAGCCGUAGAAUCAUGGUUUGCAAUCAAUGUGCAACCUUACCGUAAUGAUGUUGUUUUUGGGUAUAUUUCUGUUGGCAAUGAGGUUAUUCCUGGAUCCCUCGGCAAUUACGUUUUGCCCGUAAUGCAAUUUCUCCAAAACAUACUCAUUGCUAGGAAUCUAGCUAAUGUCAAGGUGACCACAGUUGUGCCAGCAAGUGUGUUGGGAACCUCUUAUCCUCCUUCAGCAGGUGCAUUCACACCUGAGGCAAGCACUGUUAUGGUUGACAUUCUCAAAUUUUUAUCGGCUCAGAAAACCCCACUUAUGAUCAAUGUGUAUCCUUACUUUACCUAUUCAUCCGACACAGCAAGCGUUCACUUGGAUUAUGCACAGUUUACAGCAACCGGAAUUGUGGUUCAGGAUGGGGCCUUAGGCUAUUCCAACCUUUUUGAUGCCAUUAUUGAUGCUUUUUAUUCAGCAAUGGAGAGAGCUGGUGUAGCUGAUGUGAAUGUGGCAGUGUCUGAGAGUGGAUGGCCUUCAGCUGGGAAUGGUGAGUUGACAACUCCAUCACUUGCAGCAACAUAUAAUAAAAACUUCAUACAGCAUAUUCUUGUCAAGAAUGGGACUCCAAAAAGACCAAACAUUAACAUAGAAGGCUUCAUUUUUGCCAUGUUCAAUGAGAAUCAAAAGCCAGUCGGCGUAGAGCAGAACUUUGGGCUUUUCUUUCCCGACAAAACGCCUGUUUAUCCUGUAUUUACUCCUCAAGUUUCCAAAUAA